CCAGGCCGUGCAUCGUGCAGGGCAUUUGUAAGCCAUGGCUGCCAUCAGGAAGAAACUGGUGAUUGUCGGUGAUGGAGCUUGUGGCAAGACAUGCUUGCUCACAGUCUUCAGCAAGGACCAGUUCCCGGCGGUGUACAUGCUCACCAUGCUUGAGAACUAUGUGGCAGAUGUCGAGGUGGAUGGAAAGCAGGUGGAACUGGUUUUGUGGGACACAGCUGGGCAGGAAGAUUACGACCGCCUAAGGCCCCUCUCCUACCCAGACACUGAUGUUAUACUGAUGUGUUUCUCCAUCGACUGCCCUGAUAGUUUAGAAAACAUCCCAGAAAAAUGGACCCCAGAAGUCAAGCAUUUCUGUCCCAAUGUGCCCAUCAUCCUUGUUGGGAACAAGAAGGAUCUUCGGAAUGAUGAGCGCACAAGGCAGGAGCUAGCCAAAGUGAAGCAAGAGCCUGUAAAACCUGAAGAAGGCAGAGAUAUGGCGAACAGGAUUGGCGCUUUUGGGUACGUGGAGUGUUCAGCAAAGACCAAAGAUGGAGUGAGGGAGGUUUUUGAAAUGGCUACGAGAGCUGCUCUGCAAGCCAGACUUGGAAAGAAAAAAUCUGGGUGCCUUGUCUUGUGAAACCUUGCUGCAAGCACAGCCCUUAUGUGGUUAAUUUUGAAGUCCUGUUUAUUAAUCUUAGUGUAUGAUGACUGGCCUUUUUCAUUUACCUAUUUUACCUACGAUUACAAAUCAGAAGUCAUCUUGCUACCAGUAUUUAGAAGCCAACCAUGAUUAUUAACAAUGUCUAACCCAUCUGGCCCGCCAGGGUCCUUCUAAUACUGCUCUAACACCCCUUUUCUGCACUCCCACCUGACACACCAGGUGCUAAUUCAAGGAAUUUCUUAAUAACUUCUUGCUUCUUUCUAGAAAGAGAAAUAGUUGGUAACUUUUGUGAAUUAGGCUGUAACUACUUUAUAACUAACAUGUACUGCCUAUCAUCUGUCAGCUGCAAGGUACUCUGGCAAGUCACCACUUGAGAGUUUUACUCCUUAACAGAUUUCAUUGGCUUGGCUCUGGGGUGAACAUCGGCUUUUUGAAAAUGUGCUCAUCCAGAAAGGCCCAAGUUGAUGCAGCUGUGGCAGAGUUACAGUUCUGUGGUUUCAUGUUAGUUACCUUAUAGUUAUUGUGUAAUUAGCGCCACUUAAUGUAUGUUACCAAAAAUAAAUAUAUCUACCCUCAGACUAGAUGUAGUAUUUUUUAUAUAAUUGAAUUUCUUAAUACUGAUAUUUGUCAUCCCCAAAGAAACUGUAUUGGUUUUUUAAAAAAGAAAGUGUAUUUGGAAAUAAAGUCAGAUGGAAAAUUCAAAAACGAA